GUCAUUCUGAAAGGCAAAUCUCUGAAACUCAUACAAGCAUGGCAAAGGGAGAAGGAGGGGAGAAUUGUUCAGCUAAAGAACUACUAAAAAGUCCAGAAAUUCUAAACUCGGACCAUAUCAAGUUGGACAAGAACAAUGGGAAACCAAUGCUGUCUGUCUGUAAUAAAAUCUGUUAUGCAAUUGGUGGUGCACCAUACCAAAUCACUGGCUCUGCAAUUGGCUUCUUCUUACAGAUCUAUCUCUUGGAUGUAACCCUGCUGGAUCCCUUCAAUGCCUCAAUCAUCCUGUUUGUGGGACGAGCGUGGGAUGCCAUCACUGAUCCCACAGUGGGAUUCUUUGUUAGCAGAAGCAAGUGGAUGAAAUUUGGUCGACUGCUGCCAUGGAUAGUGAUGUCCACCCCAUUUGCUGUGACCACCUAUUUGCUGAUGUGGUAUGUGCCAAAUAUUUCCACGGGGAAGCUGUUUUGGUAUCUGAUCUUCUAUUGCCUCUUUCAGACACUAAUGACGUGUUUCCACGUGCCUUAUUCUGCACUGACAAUGUUUAUUAGCAAUGAUCAGACUGAGAGGGACUCUGCCACAGCAUAUAGAAUGACCGUGGAGGUGUUAGGAACCGUCUUGGGGACUGCCAUCCAAGGGCAGAUUGUGGGUAACUCAAAUGCUCCAUGCAUUGCAAGUCUAGAGCUGAAUCUGACAGUAUCAUCAGAGGAGAUCAACAUCACUCACCAGAUAUCCCUUGAACAAACGAGGAAAGCAUACAUGAUUGCUGCUGGAGUAAUUUGUAUAAUCUACGUUAUUUGUGCUGCAGUCCUUUUUUAUGGUGUACAAGAGAUACGAGAUACUCAUGGAAAGAGCUCAAAGAGAGCUAUACCAUUUUUCCAAGGUUUGAAGAUGGUAAUGCAACAUGGACCCUACGUCAAACUCAUUCUUGGAUUCCUGUUCACCUCCCUUGCAUUUAUGUUGCUGGAAGGAAACUUUGCCCUGUUUUGUAUCUAUACCCUGGGAUUCCGGGACCACUUUCAGAACAUUCUUCUGCUGAUUAUGCUCUCUGCUACAUUGACAAUCCCUUUCUGGCAGUGGUUUCUAUCGAGAUUUGGCAAGAAGACAUCUUGCUACAUUGGCAUCUCAUCUGCAAUUCCCUUCCUGAUCCUGAUUGUAACAAUAAAGAGUAACCUCGUUGUAGCCUACUUGGUGUCUGUUGCUGCUGGUGUCAGUGUUGCAGCAGCCUUUUUAUUGUCAUGGUCCAUGCUUCCUGAUGUGAUUGAUGAUUUUAACUUAAAGUAUCCAGACUAUCCAGGAUUGGAGGCUAUUUUCUAUUCCUUCUAUGUCUUCUUCACCAAGUUUGCAUCUGGAGUAUCUCUGGGUGUGUCCACACUUAGCCUCGAUUUUGCAGGCUAUCUAACAAGAGGAUGCGUACAGCCAAACACUGUUGAUACAACCCUUAAAAUCCUGGUGUGUCCAUUGCCUGUUGCCCUAAUACUUGUGGGUCUUUUCUUUUUUAAACUGUAUCCCAUUGAUGAGGAAACCAGAAGGAAAAACAAAAAACUCUUAGAAGAUUUGAGAAUAAAUGAGUCUGACACAGAUUCGUCAGAUACCUACAGUAACAAGAGCACACCUGUAUAGCAAAGUUUAGUGCCUGUCAAGAACCCAGCCAAGGUGUUAAAUGUUGAUUGAUGGAUGUCCUGCUGCUAUGUUCCUGUAGUUCAAGACCAAAAGCACUUCAAGACAGCUCAGGUUCAAAUUAAAUCUGUAUUAUGGACUGGAUAUGGACUUCAGUGUCCUGAAUUAAUAAUUGGUGCUUUUCUUUUUAUACUAAAUCAGCAACAACAAAGAUCUGAUAAAGCCAUCAGCCCAUUAGCUGUAGUGCAUUCUGGUAACACCAGGAUGCUCCGUGUUCAGUGUACAUUACACUAUUAAGCUGUAAAUUGUAAAUAUUAUGUAAAUAAAUAUAUUUAUGUGUA